UUUACUGUUUUUUCUGUCUCUCAUAUUACGAAAUGGACCAAACAGCCAGACUCGAACCAGAGAUAGAACAUAUUAAAGUAGAAGUUAAAAUUGAAGAUGUUGAUUUCAAUGAAGAUGUUUCCAUAUUUCCUGGCACUGAAAAGACACAAGGAGAUGAAUUCCAACCAAAAUUUAAUCUUCAAGCUUUAGUAGUACAAGGACCAUCAAGUUCAAUGCAAGAUACUGCAGAGAAAGUGUAUCAAAAUGGAAAAAUAAACAGAGUAAAAUGUCCUCAGUGUGAAAAUACUUUUAAAAAUAGAGCAAAUUUAAAACAACACUUGAAAUUUGUACAUUCAAAGGAAGAUGAUGCAGUUGAAUGCAAAGUAUGCUAUCGUAGUUUUAAAUCCAUAUCUCACUUGCGUACCCACUUAAACUCUGUACAUGCUGAGAACAAUGAAGUGACUUGCAAUGUAUGUCAGAAAACAUUUAUGAAUAAGAAAAAGUUGAGUAAUCAUAUAUUUUAUUCUCAUCCUGAACCACAAGAAAGUGUAGCUUGCCAAAUAUGUAACAAAGUUUUCAAACAAAAGUACAAUUUGAAAAUACACAUUCGCCAAGUCCAUUCUUCUGAAGAAAAUUCAGUGCAAUGUGAAACAUGUAAAAAAACUUUCAAAAAUGAUAUGCUACUGCAACGGCACAUUAAUUGGACUCAUCCAAGUGAUGGACUAAUGUAUAGAUGCCAAGAAUGUGGCCGUACACUUUCUUCAAUUGCAUGUUACAAGAAGCAUAUUCAAAAUGUACAUGCGUCUCAGGCUUGUAUAUGCCAAAUAUGUUCGAAAUCUUUUAAAACUAUUAAAACUCUUCAAAGACAUGAAAAACAUGUCCAUCAAGGAGUGAAAACUGAACCGAAAAAAUACAAAGUUGGUGAAUUAAAGUGUUCGGAUUGUGAUAAAUUUUUUGCAACAAAUACAUCUUUGUUAUGGCAUUAUGAGAGGGAACAUUCCGAAUUUAGAAGAAUAAAUCUUUGUACUUUAUGUGAUAAAGAAUUAUCUGACCAUGCGUCUCUUAAACGCCAUAUAGAAAUUUGUCACUCUGUUCAAGAGCCAGUUGCUUGUGAAAUCUGUUCAAAGAUUUUCAAGUCGCAAAUACAUUUGCAAAGACAUGUAAAAGUUACCCAUGCUCCUCCUGAAGCUGCCCAAAGAUGUGAAAUCUGUAAUAAAGUCUUCAAAUGUGUUAUGCACCUGAGAAUUCAUAAUCAUUCUGUACAUCCAAAAGAAGGUUCUUUCUCUUGCAAUGUAUGCAACAAAAUAUUUAGUUCAAAAAAAUAUCUCCUGAAGCACUUGAAAACCCAUACUAAUUUAAAAAUUCACCCUUGUCAUAUCUGUGACAAAAAAUUUAAAACUGUUCAUGAUGUAACAAGGCACUGCAAAAGGGUUCACAGUGAAAUAAAUAGAAGUGGUAUUAAACCAUAAAAUUAGUAAAUAUGUAACAACUAUUAAGUAUGUACAUAAUAAUAAAUAAGUUUGUAAUAACAAUGUUCUUGUAUAAUCUCAUAAUUGUAAUUGGUGUGCCACAAUAAAUGUGAAAAUUGGGGAUAGAGGUGAGAAGGAAGUAUCUCGAUACCUUAUUAUGAAGUAAGUGGAAAUAAGAUACAACUGUAUGCAUUCCUAGAAAUGAUGGGAAGUCAAAAUGUACUUUUGCGAAUUUUCAUUAUUUGACACUAGAUAAAGUGAUUGGAUUACUUAACGCCUCUAUGCCUUUGUAUGAUGAUCAACUUAGGACAAAAAGAUUACAUAUAUAGGUAAAUAGGUAAUCUUUUUAUUGUUAUAUUUUAAAAUGAAAUGGUUUAGAAAUAUAACUAUUUAAAUUAAUGAAACCCUUAGACUAUUUAAUUUUUUUCCAUCCUCCAAGAUG